AUGGCUGAGCCUGGCUGUGAGACCUCUUCUGGGGAAUGCCCGGGCACGAAGGAACCCACAGCAGCGGACCCGAAGAGCCCGAAGCACAAGCAGCCAAGGCGCCAAUGCCACCGCUGCCGCCGCCGCCGCUGCCCCAACAGUUUCGCCGCCUACUUCCCCAGGGUUCUGCAGCAAGUUCACGAGGGCCUGAGCCUCUCGCAGAAGACCGUGAGCAUCUUGGAUUCGUUCGUUAAGGACAUGCUCGAGCGCAUUGCCGACGAAGCCCCUCGCCUGGCCCGCUCCACCAAGUGCUCCACCAUCACCACCAGGGAGAUCCAGACAGCCGUGCGCCUGCUGCUGCCCGGGGAGAUUGGCAAGCACCACGCCGAGUCCGAGGCCACCAAAGCCAUCAUCAGGUACACCGUCUGCCAAUGA